AUUGAUUGGUAUGUUUAGGUGAGAUGUCCUUCAAAAGCAUUGUACACGAGCUGAGGGAGAUGAAAGAUGGAAUGUGGAGUAUAUCAAAACGAAGGGUGGAAGGCAAGCACUGGUGUAACCGAACCCGAUCACAUAUUGCCCCUGAUGUAGCCCCUUCUGAGCCAGUUGAACAAGGAAAGUGGGCUAACUUGCCUCCGAAAUUGCUUUUGGAUAUAAUUCGGAGGGUUGAAGAGAGCGAAACAACCUGGCCUGCAAGGACCGAUGUUGUCUUUUGUGCAUCAGUUUGCAAAUCAUGGAGGGAUACUACAAAGGAGAUUGUCAAGACUCCAGAGGAAUGUGGGAGACUGACCUUUCCCAUUUCAUUGAAACAGUCAUGCAAUUCUUAGGUAUCUUGCUUGUGCAUUUCCUGGAGUAGCUGAUCACUGGUGAGAAUUGUUGCUUCUUUUUUGCAAUUAGUUUGCCUAUAAGGACCUGCGUUAUAGCAUUGAAAUGACAAUUCUAGUUGGGCCAAAUGGUUCUAUUGAAAUGACAAUUCUAGAAGCUUAAAUUUGUUCACUUUAAUUUGCACAAAUUCCUCCUAGAAAUCUGCUGUUGUGUGUACAAUAUAACAUGAGUCUACCAUUUGAUCAACAU